AGCAAAGGAGCAAUUAGCCAAAAUGAUGCCUGGAGGUUUAACUGAAGCCAAACCUGCCACUCCAGAAAUCCAGGAGAUUGCUAAUGAGGUUAAACCGCAGCUUGAAGAAAAAACAAAUGAGACUUAUGAAGAAUUUGAAGUUGUAGAAUACAAAACUCAAGUGGUUGCUGGAACAAAUUACUACCUUAAGGUACGAGUAGGUCAUAAUAAUUAUAUUCACCUGAAAAUAUUCGAAGCACUUCCUCAACAACAUCAGCCUUUGACACUUACUGGUUACCAGACUGACAAAAGCAGGGACGAUGAGCUGACGGGCUUUUAGUGGCACGUUCUAAAAGUGGUCUGAAUCCUUUCCUUGGCUACCGAUGAAUG